AUGUCCAUCGACAUUCAGCUGGAAUGCGAAAAACAAAAGUCGUUUUACGAAGUUGGGGAACUAAAGUCACUGGUCGCACCGGGGGACGUGAUCGGCGAUGCGUUGAAUUACAUGCGGGGUCAUGGGACGUACGUGAAGGAUGACCAGAUGAUCGCUUCGGUGGCGGGAGUGAUUUCGCGAGUGAACAAACUGGUCGUCGUGACGCCACUAAAGACCAGAUACAAUGGCGAGAUCGGCGACAUUGUCGUCGGUCGAGUGACCGCCGUACAACCGAAACGUUGGAAGGUCGACACGCAUGCGAAGCUCGACUCCGUCCUUCUAUUAUCUUCAGUGAACCUGCCCGGCGGAGAGCAGAGGCGCAAAUCCGACGAGGACGAACGCCUGAUGCGCACCUACCUUCGAGAAGGUGACCUCGUUUGCCUUUCUCAGGGAGUUCUACUGAAGUUUUCGCCGUCUUUGAUCAAGAGACGGAAAAACCAUAUUCAUAAUCUGACUUGCGGUGCGAGAAUCAUUUUUGGCAGCAACGGUUACGUUUUCAUUUCGCCUACAAUUAACGAAAUUGAGGGAAACACCGGAGGUUUUGUCCAAAACCUUGACCCUGUUGACCGGGAACAACGGCAGGUGAUCGCACGACUGCGAAACUGCAUUGAAAUAUUGGGUCAGAAUCGUGUCAUGCUGUACGACACGUCUGUUGUGUGUGCCUACGAUGCAUCGAUUGAGCAUGAAGUCAAAGAUAUCCUCAAGCCUGAAGUUGCCUUGGAAAUAGUACAAAGUGUCAGGCUGAUGCUCGAAGCCAUGCCUCCAUAA